GAGGGGUCCCGCCCGGAGCGGGCGCGGGUCCGGGGCGCCCGGGCCGCGGCGCGGGGCGGCGGCAGGGGCCUGGCGGAGGCUGCCGGGCGGCCGCCAUGCGAUCAGGCAGUGCGCUGACCGGCCCGGCCGGUCGGCCCCUUCUGGGUCCUCCCUUUGCAGCCCGUGCGGGGCCGUCUCGGAGACCCCGCGCCGACGGCUGCUCAAACAUCAGGCUGGCCCCCGAAAGGACACUCCCCAAGUCCCCAGCUGGGGGCCCCGCGUAGACCUGGAGUGGACGCGCCCUCCUUCCCUUCAUGAUUCGUUUGUAGCACAGUGGCGAUGGAUGAUGAGGAUGGGAGAUGCUUACUAGACGUGAUUUGUGACCCUCAGGCCCUCAAUGACUUCUUACAUGGAUCCGAGAAGCUCGACAGUGAUGACCUCCUGGAUAAUCCCGGGGAGGCCCAAAGUGCCUUCUAUGAAGGUCCUGGGCUCCAUGUGCAAGAAGCUUCUGGCAACCACUUGAACCCAGAGCCCAGCCAGCCGGCCCCUAGUGUGGACCUCGACUUCCUGGAAGAUGACAUCCUGGGCUCGCCCGCAGCAGGGGGCGGCGGUGGGGGCGGCGGGGGAGCCGACCAGCCCUGCGACAUCCUCCAGCAGAGCCUCCAGGAGGCCAACAUCACUGAGCAGACACUCGAAGCUGAGGCCGAGCUGGACCUGGGCCCCUUCCAGCUGCCCACCCUGCAGCCUGCAGAUGGCGGGGCCGGCCCGGCGGGGGCCGGGGGGGCUGCCGCUGUGGCCGCGGGGCCCCAGGCCCUCUUCCCUGGGGGCGCUGACCUGUUGGGGCUGCAGGCCCCGCCCACCGUGCUGACCCACCAGGCGCUGGUGCCGCCCCAGGACGUGGUCAGCAAAGCCCUCAGCGUCCAGCCCUUCCUGCAGCCCGUGGGCCUGGGCAACGUGACCCUGCAGCCCAUCCCGGGCCUCCAGGGCCUACCCAACGGCAGCCCCGGGGGCGCCACGGCGGCCACCCUCGGCCUGGCCCCCAUCCAGGUGGUGGGCCAGCCCGUCAUGGCACUCAACCCGCCCACCUCCCAGCUCCUGGCCAAGCAGGUGCCCGUCAGCGGCUAUCUGGCCUCGGCGGCCGGCCCUUCGGAGCCAGUGACCCUGGCAUCCGCUGGCGUCUCGCCCCAGGGGGCUGGCCUGGUCAUCCAGAAGAACCUCCCCGCCGCCGUGGCCACCACGCUCAACGGGAACUCGGUGUUCGGAGGGGCAGGAGCCGCCACCGCCGUGGCCAGCGGGGCGCCGUCGGGACAGCCGCUGGCGGUGGCCCCGGGCCUCGGCACGUCGCCCCUGGUCCCGGCACCCAACGUGAUCCUGCACCGCACGCCCACGCCCAUCCAGCCCAAGCCUGCCGGCGUGCUGCCCCCCAAGCUCUACCAGCUGACACCCAAGCCGUUCGCCCCCGCGGGCGCCACGCUCACCAUCCAGGGUGAGGCGGGGGGCCUCCCGCAGCCGCCCAAGGCCCCCCAGAACCUGACGUUCAUGGCCGCGGGCAAGGCCGGCCAGAACGUGGUGCUGUCGGGCUUCCCGGCGCCUGCUCUGCAGGCGAAUGUCUUCAAGCAGCCUCCUGCCACCACCACGGGGGCGGCCCCGCCGCAGCCCCCCGGGGCCCUGAGCAAGCCCAUGAGCGUGCACCUCCUGAACCAAGGCAGCAGCAUCGUCAUCCCCGCCCAGCACAUGCUGCCGGGCCAGAACCAGUUCUUGCUGCCCGGCACGUCGGCGGUCCAGCUCCCCCAGCCGCUCUCGGCCCUGCCGGCCAACGUGGGUGGGCAGAUCCUGGCGGCCGCAGCCCCCCACGCGGGCGGACCGCUCAUCGCCAACCCCAUCCUCACCAACCAGAACCUGGCAGGCCCGCUGAGCCUGGGCCCCGUGCUGGCCCCCCACUCGGGGGCCCACAGUGCAGCCCACAUCCUCUCGGCCGCCCCCAUCCAGGUGGGCCAGCCGGCGCUCUUCCAGAUGCCUGUGUCGCUGGCCGCGGGCAGCCUGUCCACGCAGAGCCAGCCGGCCCCCGCCGGCCCCGCCGCCACUACCGUCCUCCAGGGGGUCACCCUGCCCCCCAGCGCCGUGGCCAUGCUCAACACCCCCGACGGUCUGGUGCAGCCUGCCACCCCUGCCGCCGCUGGGGAGGCGGCGCCCGUGCUCACGGUGCAGCCGGCGCCCCCGGCGCCCCCCGCGGCCAGCACGCCGCUGCCUCUGGGCCUCCAGCAGCCGCAGGCACAGCCCCCGCAGGCCCCCACCCCACAGGCCGCUGCCCCACCUCAGGCCACCACCCCCCAGCCCAGCCCAGGCCUGGCGUCCAGCCCGGAGAAGAUUGUCUUGGGACAGCCGCCCUCUGCCGCCGCCGCGGCCAUCCUCACUCAGGACUCCCUGCAGAUGUUCCUGCCCCAGGAGAGGAGCCAGCAGCCCCCCUCCACAGAGGGCCCCCACCUCUCCGUGCCCGCCUCGGUCAUAGUCAGCGCCCCACCUCCCGCCCAAGACCCAGCCCCGACCACCCCCGUCGCCAAAGGAUCUGGCCUUGGCCCUCAGGCCCCCGACAGCCAGGCCUCCCCGGUGCCGGCCCCCCAGAUCCCAGCAGCGGCUCCGCCGAAGGGCCCCGGCCCCUCCUCCUCCCCAUCACUACCUCACCAGGCCCCUCUGGGAGACAGCCCCCACCUGCCCUCCCCACACCCUGCCCGGCCCCCUUCCCGCCCGCCCUCCCGACCCCACUCCCGGCCACCUUCCCAGCCCCAGAGCUUGUCCCGCCCACCCUCAGAGCCCGCCCUGCACCCUUGCCCUCCACCCCAGGCCCCUCCCACGCUGCCUGGCAUCUUUGUCAUCCAGAACCAACUGGGCAUCCCCCCACCUGCAAGCACCCCGGCCCCCACUGCCCCAGGCCCACCCCAGCCCCCUCUGCGACCCCCAGCCCAGCCCCUGGAGGGCCCGCUGGCCCCAGCCCCCCACCUCCCUCCGGCCUCCACCUCCUCCGUCGUGGCCUCCUCCUCCGAGACGUCCUCCAGGCUGCCAGCCCCCACGCCGCCUGACUUCCAGCUCCAGUUCCCGCCCGGUCAGGGGCCCCACAAGCCCCCCACGCCCCCUCCGACCCUCCACCUGGUCCCCGAGCCCGCAGCGCCCCCCCCACCGCCUCCUCGGACCUUCCAGAUGGUGACCGCCCCUUUCCCGGCGCUGCCCCAGCCGAAGGCUCUUCUCGAGAGAUUUCACCAGGUGCCGCCCGGAAUCAUUCUCCAGAGCAAGGCUGUGGGGGCCCCCGCCGCCCCGCAGACCUCCGCCAGCCUGGGGCCCCUCACCAGCCCCACUGCCUCUGUGCUGGUCAGCGGUCAGGCCCCAUCCGGGACCCCCAGCCAUCCCCCGGCCCCGGCGCCCAUGGCCACUGCAGGCCUCCCUCCUCUGCUUCCUGCCGAGAGCAAAGCCUUUGCCAGCAACCUCCCGACCCUGACUGUGGCCAAGGCUGCUGCGUCCGGGCCAGGGAAGCCCUCCGGGCUGCAGUAUGAGAGCAAGUUGAGUGGCCUGAAGAAACCACUCACGCUUCAGCCCAGCAAAGAAGCCUGCUUCCUGGAGCAUUUGCACAAACAUCAGGGCUCCGUCCUGCACCCUGACUACAAGACGGCCUUCCCCUCCUUCGAAGACGCCCUGCAUCGCCUCCUCCCCUACCACGUCUACCAGGGUGCCCUCCCCUCCCCCAACGACUACCACAAAGUGGACGAGGAGUUUGAGACGGUCUCUACGCAGCUGCUGAAACGCACCCAGGCCAUGCUCAAUAAAUACCGCCUCCUGCUACUGGAGGAGUCCCGGAGGGUGAGCCCCUCAGCGGAGAUGGUAAUGAUCGACCGAAUGUUCAUUCAGGAGGAAAAGACCACGCUGGCCUUGGACAAACAGCUGGCCAAGGAGAAGCCCGAUGAGUAUGUGUCUUCCGCGCGCUCGCUCGGCCUCCCCGUCGCUGCCUCUUCCGAGGGACACCGGCUCCCCGGCCACGGCCCAUCACCGUCCUCAGCGUCUGGGGCCCCAGCUCAGACCCCUCUGCACCUGCCCACCAAGCUGGUGAUCCGGCACGGUGGGGCGGGCGGCUCCCCUUCCGUGACCUGGGCCCGGGCAUCUUCCUCCUCCCUGUCCUCGUCCUCCUCGUCCUCCGCCACCUCCUCCCUGGACGCCGACGAGGACGGCCCGAUGCCCUCGCGCAACCGCCCGCCCAUCAAGACCUACGAGGCCCGGAGCCGCAUCGGCCUCAAGCUCAAGAUCAAACAGGAAGCCGGGCUCAGCAAGGUGGUCCACAACACAGCCCUGGACCCGGUGCACCAGCCGCCGCCGCCGCCCCCCGCCGCCCUCAAGGCUGCCGAGCCCCCACCCCGGCCCCCGGCCCCGCCCCCCGCCACCGGCCAGAUGAACGGCACGGUGGACCACCCGCCGCCGCCGCAGCCGGCCGCCGCCGACCGCAAGCCGCCGGCCCCGGCCCCCCACUGCCCCCGCCUGCCCCUCCGCAAGACCUACCGCGAAAACGUGGAGGCCCCGGGCGGCGGGGCGGUCGAGGGGGCGGCGGCGGCGGCGGUGGGCAGAGCCCGGGGUGGCAGCCCGGCCCCGCUGCCCACCAAAGUGGACGAGGCCACCAGCGGGCUCAUCCGCGAGCUGGCGGCGGUGGAGGACGAGCUGUACCAGCGGAUGCUAAAGGGCGCCCCGGCCGACCCCGCGGCCGGCACCGGGCAGGGCAGCGGCAGCCGGGAGCCCGGCUGGGAGGCGCCCCCGCUGCCCCCGGCCAAGCGGCGCAAGUCCGAGUCGCCCGAUGUGGACCAGGCCAGCUUCUCCAGCGACAGCCCGCAGGACGACACGCUCACGGAACACCUCCAGAGCGCCAUCGACAGCAUCCUGAACCUCCAACAGGCCCCCGGCCGGACGCCCGCACCCCCGUACCCCCACGCCGCCCCGGCGGCCGUCACGCCUGCCUCCCCGACGCCCCUGCACAGGCCGGAGGCCUACCCGCCCUCCAGUCACAACGGUGGCCUCGGCGCCAGGACGUUGAACAGAUAACACCGGGCUGGUCUUCCCUUCCCUGUCCCCUCGCUCCGCAGGGACGCCGCGGGGAGGGGGGAGGGGGGCAGCCGGGCGUCUGACCUCAGCCUCCUGGGGGACAUGAGCCGGGGACCCCUUGAGUUUCUCUUGCCUAAGUUAUUUGAGUCACAAAGGCCUCGUCCCCCACCUCCUGCUUCAGCCGGUUUGUUGGGUGGGGGUCGUGGAUUUCGGGGAGGGGGCCGUAAUGUAAAAUGUCCCCCUGCCAAAGGAGGGGGUAAUCCUGGUGUGUCAUUUCCUGUUUCUUCCCAUUUCCUGCCACACUCCGCCCCUCCAGCGGGGAACACGCGCGCUUUGGCCAGGGAUGAGGGGUCUCUGGUUGUCCCCACUGCUCACGCAUAUCCGGGUACCGGGCUUAUCCAUGUGGCUUCACGGAUCCACGCAUGGAGGGCGCUCAGAGCCGGCAGGGCCCUUGGGAGCCGCGCUCAGCCUCUCCCCACCGCCCCCCGGAGGCCGAGAAAGGAAACGCAGGGGAGGGGCGGCGUGAGCCUGCAUCCCGGGACCCCCACCUGGGAGCUCUGUGCCCGUGGGCACGUGUGUCACAUCCAUGUGUGUGCGUCCCGCUCCGUGUCCUGUAUCCCUCUGUGUGUGCUCGAGUGAGGGAGAUUUCGAAGCCUUCAGUUCCUCGACUGAAAUCUGAGCACCUCCAAAACAGGAAACCGGGGUCUUCCUCCCACCCCCUCCCCAGCCAGUCUUCCCUCUGUUCUUCCUGCCGCCAGCCACCUGCGCCAGAUUUUGAAAUCUUGGAGACAAAACUAGUACUGUAAGAUAAAUUUUUUUGUACUGUAUUUAUUGUGUAUAACGAUUUUUUUAAAGGAGAAUUCUGUACAUUUAGAACUCUUGUAAAUUAAAAAACGAUCCUUUUUUUA